CUGUUUUGGAUCCUCACUUCAUUCCUGUACUCUGUUUUUCUGGCAGACAGAUAAAACAGACAGACAGACGUCUGCCAUCUGAAGACCAGCUCAGUUUAGGAGAAGUUGCAUCAGUUUCCCUCUGAAGUCAAGACUGAACACAUGCUGGAGAAUGGAGCUCUUACCUCAGGAGAAGAUUCUCUACGUCUUCUUCAGCAUUCUUGCAACGACUGGAGGAAAGAUAUUACCAGGUUCAUGUAGUUUUCAGGAGACGAUGUGUGACUACACAGCAGACCCAGCUUUCCUCAGCUGGAACCUCAACCCUAAAGAUCAUUUCAUCACGCUGGAUGCGAACUCGCAGGGCGACGGGAACAAGGCAGUUCUGUUGGGUCCUGAUGUGGAGCUGCAGGAUUGGAGCUGUCUUCGACUCGUCUACCAGAUCGCUGGCACCGGCUCACUUCAGGUUCUCACUCGGUCAGAGGGAGAGAAUUUUGACCACAUGCUCUGGUCAUCCAGCAGAUCCUCUGAUAACUGGAUCAUCACUACCAUAGACCUGCAGAAUUCCACUGAAGCGUACAAGAUAGUGAUUGAGGGUGGACGAGGCUCAGCUGAAGGCAGCAGUGUGUCCAUCUUUGAGGUCAACAUUUCAGAUAAAUACUGCAUCGAGUGUGAUUUUGAGGAGUCUCACCUGUGUGGCUAUGCGAGUCAUUGGAGUGGAAAUGUGAACUGGUACGUGGGGAGAGGAUCUCCGAACAACCCUGCACUCAGUGACGGCCCCGGUCAUUACAUGUAUGUGGAUUCGAUCCACUCCAGGACUCUGAAGGAAGUGGCCACACUGGUGUCACCCAUGACUUCUGUGCCCAUGUCGGGCUGUUUGAGUUUUCAGUACCAGCAGGACCACGCUGAGGGUCACAUGUUCUCGGUGUACAGCAGGGACCAUGUGGGGCAGUACAGUGAGCUGUGGAGUGCAGACCUGCCUGAGAGCAACCAGGUUGAGCAGGAAGCCAAAACCCAAGUGUGGAUUCCUGUACAAGUGACCCUGAGUGCCCCCUACCCCCUACAGGUGGUAUUUGAAGUUUCCUUUAACAGUCCUAGAGGAGGUCGUGUGCUGCUGGAUGAUGUUGUGUUUACUCCUGAGUCGUGCUCUGCAGGAACAGAACCCGUGUUUAACCCCUCAGUGGCAGACUGUGACUUUGAGCUGGGUUUUUGUCACCACACACAGAACACGACAGAAAGUGAAAUGUGGAGGCGAGUCUCAGUGCGGCCCAAUGUGUACCGGGAGGGAGACCACACGACUGGGAGAGGUUGGUUCCUGUUGGUGAGUUCACGCUUCAUCAUGCAGUCUGGCUCCAUCAGUCGACUGUUCGGACCGUUUCUGCCCAGGAACCAGAAGUUCUGCCUGAGGUUCUUCUACUCUCUCAGAGGAUUCAGUAAAUCUGAGCAGACUUUAGCAGUCUAUCUGUACAACAACACCACACGGAAACACAGUCGAGUCUGGAGCUCGAGUGACAGGACGAGAGAUGUGUGGAUCUACGUGGAGCUCAGUAUCCAGACUCAGAACAACAGUCAGGUGAUGUUUGCAAGUACAUGUAAAAGUUUUUGGAACUGUGGGUCUGCUGCUCUUGAUGACAUCAGCCUCCGUCCUGGGGACUGUGAGCUCCCAGCAGGUUCUACUUUGUCGCUUCCUUCACUCUGUGACUUUGAGAAGGGAUUUUGUGGCUUCACUCAGGAAAAAAAGUCUGAUGUUUCAGACUGGGUUUUGAUCAGAGGACCAACACCAACCUCCUACACUGGGCCUAAAGCAGACCACACAACUGGAGUGGGUCAUUAUUUGUAUAUCGAGGCCUCCCUGAUGCUGCCAGGUCAUAGUGCUCGCCUCCUGUCCCGCCCCCUUCGUGGUUCUAGAGCAGCUCAGUGCCUGUCCUUCUUCUACCACAUGUACGGAUCUGGAACAGGUUCUCUAAGAGUUCUGUUGCAUUCUGAGCAUGAGGAUGGAGACAUGGUGCUGUGGGAAAUGAGUGGAGCACAGAGCAUCUCUUGGAUGAAAGCAUCAGUGACCUAUCAGUGUGACCAUCACCACCAGAUUGUAUUUGAAGCCACCCGAGGGCCGUCGAUACUGAGUGACACUGCGAUCGAUGACAUUACAUUUCAAAAGGGACCGUGUACAGAUGGUGGACCGUGACCCCUUUCACCUUUCUGUUAGUCAGAUCUGGAUAAAAUGAUAUUCAGCAAGCGAAGAAAUAAACAUAGACAUUUCAUUAAAUAAGCUUUAUUAGGUUUAGCAUUAAAACACCUUUUCCAGGUGAUAAUCUCUCAUGCCUGUUUUUAUUCACUUUGUGAUUUCAGUGUUGUGUCUUCAGAUGAUGUCACACUGUAUGAGAUCCUGUGGAAUCAGCUCUGUAGUGAACUCUCUAACAGUCGGUGUGAAAGUGUGUGUGAGAUUAUACACUGAUCAACAUUCUCAGAUGAUUCUCAAUCUGCUAUUAAAGACAGAUAACUGGCUCAGAUUAACCUGAUGUGUACACACUGACCCAGGAGAUGUACAUCAUUCUUACACGAGUGUCAGAGCAGAACUCACACGCUGAGAGCUCACAAGUUUACGUUCACACAUCUACUUUGCUUUAUUUUUUGAUGUAAAUAAUUUCAGCAAACUUUAACAAGAUUUUUUUAUUCUAAAGGCAAUUUCCAGACUUUAUGUAACUAUAAAUGCAAACAAAUAAAUAAAUAAAUUCAUAAAUGUCAUGCAGGUAAUAAUAGUUCAUCAAUAUGCAGUUGCAGUUUCAAAUCUUUGGGGGAGAAUUGUGGUGUGAUUGACAGGUCAAUGGUUGACAGGUCAGUGUUUGAUUGACAGGUCAGUGUUUGAUUGACAGAUCAGUGUUUGAUUGAUAGGUCAGUGUUUGAUUGACAGGUCAGUGUUUGAUUGACAGGUCAGUGUUUGAUUGACAGGCCAGUGUUUGACAGGUCAGUGUUUGACAGGUGAGUGUUUGACAGGUCUACUUUGCUGGCAGCAGAAUUAAAAUGCAAAUUUGUUUUAUUUAAAAGAAAGAAGAUUAACUUAAAAGUAAUGGUGUUAGAAAUUGGUGAAGUUGUAGGUUGUUGUAACUAAAAGAUAUAAAAAUAUACACUCUCGCAUUUAAGUUAGAAUUAAUGUCUCAAAUUACGGAAAUGGAAAUACAAAUACAUUUAAUAAAAUUCAUAUUUCAUGGUUUUUGUCUAACCUUCUUGUAAUUUCUGUCUUUACUUCACCAAUUGUGUAUUUUUAUUAGAUAUUUUGACAUUAGCUAAUAAACUGAUGAUUGCAUAUAAAUGUUGGCAGUCACAUGGACUUAUUGUGUAUGUUGAUGUAGAGAAUAAUGAUCAGCUUUGUGUGAUGGAGAGAGGGACAUUAACUCUACUGCACUGGGACUUUAUAUAAAUCAUUAUACACAACGGGAGCCAUAAAUGUGAGUGUAUUUUAGAAUUGUAUUCAUUUCACACUUCUCUGUAAUGGUGUGUAAAUCUUUUACAGAACAAACAUCUAUUUUAGGUGUAAUUUUAGAAUUCCAGACCUGAGAUUGGAUCUGAUCUAACUGUAGUGAACUUUAAACAUAUCUAACUUUAUGAACUGAAAUUGCAGCACAACAACAAGGAGAGCGGACCAUAACAAUUAGCUUUGAACACUUAGCUUAGCAACAAACUAAUCAGCUAACAUUGGUGAUAACGCUGUGAUUUUUACCUCUUAAAAAUGAUUGUGUGGUCAAUAAUCAUAGUGUGACUAUAGGUUAUAGAUCUGAAGCUAAAACUGCAAUAAAACCCAUUUAGAAGUAGAGGAGAGGAACAUUAAACUGUUCAGCAUGUGAUUUAUUUUCCAACAGAACUUCAUAAAUGUUGAAGGAUCUGGUAGAAGACAACACCGGGCUGAUGAGCUGAAGUGGAGGAGGUAGUUUUUGGUCUUUAAGUUGCAGCUACACAUAGAAGGCAGUAUAACUUAUUACAGAUCCAGAGACACCCCUGGGGUGGGAAUUAGACAUUAUACUGUAUAGAGUUCAU